AUGGGUUCCUAUUCCUUAGAAAAAGAGAACCAUACCUCACAAAGAGAUGACACUGAUGUCGUCCUCUUAGCCAUGGUGCUUGGUUCCAAUGUGGUUUUUCCUGCAGCUCUUAAUGCUGCAAUUCAGCUCAACUUGUUUGAGAUCAUUGCAAAGGAAAGCUCACCUGAGAGUAGUGGAUUCAUGUCACCCCUUGAAAUUGCUUCCAAGUUACCAACUCAACACACUGAUUUGCCAAAUAGGCUUGAUCGUAUGUUACGUUUGCUUGCUAGCUACUCUCUCCUUACUGUUUCCACUCGCACCAAUGAAGAUGGUAGCAUGGUGAGAGUUUAUGGGAUCUCAUCAUCUGGUAAAUAUUUCGUCUCUGAUGAAAAUGGUGAUGGUUACCUCGCCUCAUUCACAUCAUUUCUGUGUCACCGUGUGUUGUUAGAAGUAUGGCUGAAUUUUAAGGAAGUUGUUAUUGAUCCUGAGAUAGACUUAUUCAAGAAAGUUCAUGGAAUGUCCAAGUUCGAGUAUUUUGGGAAAGACCCAGAGAUAAAUCACGUAUUUAACAAAGCAAUGGAUGACAUAUGCACAACUCAUAUGAAAAAAAUACUUGGAGAAUACACAGGAUAUGAGGGCAUAUCAACUUUAGUUGACGUAGGUGGGGGAACUGGACAAUGUCUCAAAAUGAUUAUCACCAAAUACCCUUCAAUUAAGGGGAUUAAUUUUGACCUCCCACAUGUGAUUGAAAACGCACCAUCCCUUCCAGGGAUUGAGCACAUUGGAGGGAAUAUGUUUGAAGGUGUUCCACAGGGUGAUGCCAUAAUACUAAAGGCUAUAUGCCAUAAUUGGUCGGAUGAAAAAUGCUUAGAAGUUUUAAGCAAUUGUCACAAAGCUUUGCCACCAAAUGGGAAGGUCAUUGUUGGGGAUUUCAUACUGCCAGAAGAGCCAGAACCUACAAAAGAAUAUAAAGUGAUCUCAAUUCUUGAUAACAUCAUGUUUAUUACACCUGGUGGAAGGGAAAGAACAGAGAAACAAUUUGAGAGUUUGGGAAAGCAUUCUGGAUUUUCUAAGUUUCAAGUUGUUUGUCGUGUUUUCUCUUCACUCGGAGUGAUGGAAUAUUACAAAUAA